CAUGUGAAGUUUUUCCCACACAGGAAUUGUGUGCGACGUAUUUAUCGAAUGAUAUAUUACUGUUACGUGGCGGGAUGCUAUGGCAGUCGCUAGAAUGACGAACGUACAAACAUGUCCAGGUUAUAAACCACGUAAACUUGUGUAUCGUGGCACCUAAGAGGAGUUGUCCCUGUGUCUGGCUGGUGUAUGAAAGAAUAUCCAGACCUCCGCCAAAAUACAACGAUCUGAGAUAACCAGGCUUGUUCACAAAAUGGAAUCAGACAGCUCCCAUGCUGAACAGCCAGCUUCAUUGUCCCCAGGCACUCAGUCCAUCACAGCUAUCACUGCUGAUGAAGUUUCUCCAGAUGCAAACAGUAACAGAUGGACUCAGGCAGAUGUGGCCAGCUCCGAGGCAGAGGAGCUGGACUCCUUUAACCUCAUUGAGCCCCCUCCACUGGACUGGAGGUCUGACACAUCCAGCGAGGUAGGCUCAGUGCAGGAUGUGGACGACCCUACCUUCCCUCCCUCAGGUGAUAAUCUGGAGGAGGAAGGGCUUGAUGAGUUUAUUCUGCCUUUGGAUGUGAAUGACAUUGCUGUUCCGCCAGUGGUUAUUCAACAGCAGCUGGUGGACGAUAACACUGAUCCUAUCCAGGCUAUAAGAGAGGGGCUGUCUACUAGGGAGGUAGAGAGACAGGUUCCUGAGGAGGAGGAGGCAGAGGUUGAGGGGAUCAAGAGCCGGUCAAGAGAUGAGGACCACACCCGCAUUCAUGCCCUUCUCAACAGGCUCCAACUGAUGGGAGAGGAGUCUGAUUCUGACCAGCUAUGUCCUGCUCGCCGCAUCUCCUAUCGGCGCUACAGACCUCUUGAGUUGGAACCGGAAGACCCUUCCGCGGUAACAGGUGUUGACACUUUACACACCAGUUCUCCAACGGAAACUACGGGGCUGUUGUUCUUAGAGAGCCACCACAGAGACCUCCUUGGACUAUUAGAGUCUACAGAGAUAGGGCCUUCUCCUCUUCCUCAAAAGCCCCGGGCAGCUUACCUACCCCGCAGAGCAGAGGUCGACGCCGUGGUUUCAGUCUCCUACAAUCAGGAAGACGCCCAGAAGUACUGGGAUCAUUUUGGGAAUGGCCAGCAGCCCCAGCUGCGGGGCGGCUUCUCGGCUUCCCUGCUGAAGGACCGGUACCCCGAGCCAGUGUGGAUGAAGUGUGGGGAGGAGCCGCCAGAAGUGGAAGGUGCUGCUGAGAAUGAGCUGAAUGCUGAUGACCGCCCUGACUAUAAAGAUGUGCCUGGUCCCUGUGACCCUGAUGACCUUUUAGAUGGAGUGAUAUUUGGUGCGAAGUAUCUUGGCUCCACUCAGAUCAAGUCAGAGAAAAACCCAUCUACCAAUGCUCGCAUGGCUCAAGCUCAGGAGGCUGUGGAUCGGAUCAAGGCUCCGGAGGGGGAGUCUCAGCCCAUGACAGAGGUGGACCUCUUUAUCUCAACCCAACGGAUCAAAGUACUCAGCACUGAUACUCAGGAGGCGAUGAUGGACCACUCGCUCCAAAUGAUCUCCUACAUUGCCGACAUCGGCAGCAUCGUGGUGCUGAUGGCCCGCAGGAAACCGAAUAGCCGCAAAGGCCACGACAGUGAACAGACCACCAACUCUUCUUCCUCUUCCUCCCCUGGACCACCAAAAAAAUGCUGGAUGAUCUGUCACGUCUUCUCAUCCGAUGAUGCCCAGAUCAUAGCCCAGGCUAUCGGUCAGGCAUUUGGCGUAGCCUACCAGCAGUUCCUCCAAGCCAAUGGCAUCAAGCCCAGUGAGCUGAGGCCUGGCGAGUACAGCGACUACCUGGGCACCCAAGAGCUCUACAAUGGGGACCUGGUCCACUUCUCUGAUUCUCAGAACAUUCGAGAUGUGAUCAUCUCCAAGGCUGCAGGGGAGAUCUUAGGGCUGGCUGUGGUGGAGUCAGGCUGGGGCUCUAUCUUGCCCACCGUUGUUGUGGCCAACCUCCUCCACGGGGGUCCUGCCGAGCGCUCCGGGGAACUCAGUAUCGGGGACCGCAUCAUGUCGGUGAACGGCACCAGCCUUGUGGGCCUCCCCAUAGCAUCCUGCCAGAGCAUCAUCCGGGAUUUGAAGAGCCAGACAUGCGUGAAGCUCAGCAUCGUUCACUGUCCCCCCGUCACCAUGGCAAUUAUCAAGAGACCAGACCCCAAAUUUCAGCUGGGCUUCAGUGUGGAAGAUGGUAUUAUCUGCAGCCUGAUGCGAGGAGGUAUAGCAGAAAGAGGGGGCAUCCGUGUCGGACAUCGGAUCAUUGAAAUCAACGGACAGAGUGUGGUUGCCACACCCCACGACAAGAUUAUCCACAUCCUGACCAACGCCAUUGGGGAAAUUCACUUGAAGACCAUGCCAGCAUCAACAUAUCGCCUCUUAACAGGACAAGAACAGCCAGUUUUUCUCUAAAAACAGCAGACAGAGCAUUGGCUAGUUUGAUCAAGAAAUACUUCAGAGAAAAAUAUUGUGCAGUAUUGAAGUUU